AAGGUUCGGAAUCAACACCAAAAGAGAAGGAGCCGAAUUUUAAUUUCUUUGUAUGGGGCGUGAUAUGGUGAGUUUGGAUCUAAAAUGUGUGUAUGAAUCUGAACAACUUGACUAUUUGAUAGAUAUAGAAAACGGGAGAAACGAGGAUGAAUCAGAUCCACGAUUUGAUCUGGAUGAACGAAGUAUAGGCUUUGUUCAGGAUAUCGAUAGCCCAAAGCACAUCGUUUCAAUGGUUAAUAAUUAUUGUGUUGGACGUGUCGAUAUCGUGGAAACCUAUUCUGCCGAUUUCAAUCUCCUUUCCUACAAGCUGACCGAAUUCGAGUCCGAAUUUCUCCGGGGAAAGCGAAUUUCCAUUCUUGUUCUACUUCUCAUUGCUGCAAUCCAAUUAAAGAUCAAAAGCCUCAUGAACCUAGCGCGUAAUGCUAUUGUUGACAUGAAUUGUCUGAAGUCCGCCUAUGAGAUUUUCAAUAUCUUCCAUAUGCCUUAUCCUACUAAGACUUCCAUUCGAGAAAUUUUGACUAUGGAUGGAAUAUUGGAAUCCCUUUUGAGACAGAUAGAUGCCAAAAAAGCCAAAGCCAGAUAA